AUGGGCUCAGGCGCGUCGACCGACAGGAAACCGCUCACCGAAGUAAGGCUAAAAAGCGAGGUCGGCGUCCUCUUCGACGACAAGGCUAAGCGAGCCUUUGAUGCGGCCGCGACCGAGGGCCCGGACGGGACGCGCACGGUGCCGUGGCCCACGAUAGAGGCCCACGCCAAGGAGCACGACGAGCGCGCGCUCGACCCGCGGAAAUGCAUGUUUCACAACCUGAAGGCGUUCAAGUCCGCACGGGAGCAAAUUGCAGAGAUCGCGCGCGUGCACAUCAAGGGCCCGGUGCGCGAGAUCCCCUGGGUGGGCAAGAGUCUCGGCGACGAGUGUCGGCAAUGCGGCCUCGACGGCGAGCCGGCCGCGUCGCUCGACGCGCUGUACGAGGUCGCCGCGCUAGCGAGCGUGCAGUUUGAGCAGAUUAUGACGGCCGCGUGCCCCGACGGCGUCACGUUAAAAAUUGCGCCGCUGAAGGGCCGCGACCGUGCCGGCGCCAAGGCGAGAGACGAGUACGCGGACAAGACGGCGCCGUGCUACAGCUGGCUUUUUGAUAUUACGCGCGGCGCGGCUCUAUGUCAGACCGAGGAGGCCAUCGUGCAGCUCUACGCGUCGCUCGAAGCGGACGACCGUGUGGAUAUUGUGCGGACGAAGAACCGUUUUAAUCCUCCACUAUUCAACGGCUACCAGGACAUUUUGAUGAACGUCGCCGUGAAAGUCGAGAACGUGACGCACUUGUGCGAGCUUCAGAUCCAUCUCAUGCCGAUCAAAGAUUCGGAGGCGCUGCACCGGAGCCACACGGUCUACGAGUACUUUCGGUCGUUUUUCUUGGGCAAUUCAGACGCGGUCGCGCAGCGGCUCGAGAUGCUGUGCAAGCUUCCAGUCGACGAGGCGAACGAUGUGGAUGAGUUGGUGGACCACGUGCUCGGCUCUGGUGCUGACGCGAAAUUGCUUGACGGUCUCUGCGCGUUGCUCACGUCGAUUCAGGAGUCCGCGGGCGUCGUGAAGGUCCGGGAAGCUAUCUUAGCGGAGAAGGAGCGCGCGUUUGGUGCGGAGAGCAAGGAGGCGGGCAAGGCGCUGUUUGAUCUUGGGGUCGCGUACGGGCGCCUCGGCGACGACUACGCCAAGGCGCGCGACGCCUUGGAGCGGGCGCACCCGAUCUACGAGCGCGAGUACGGUGAAGAUAGUACGAAAGUCGCCGACGUGUUUCAUCAUCUCGAACGCGUGACGGGGCCUUGGCGACUACGACAAGCUGCGCGACCUGCAGGAGCGCGCGCUCGCGAUCCAGGAGCGGGCGUACGGCCGCGACCAUACGAGCGUGGCCCUCACGCUGACGAACCUCGGGAGUGCGUACGGCUACUUAGGCGACCCCGCGAAGCAGCGAGACAUGCUGGAGCGCGCGCUCGCUAUUAAGGAGCGAGCUUACGGCCGCGACCACGCGGAAGUGGCCAGCACGCUGACGAGCCUCGGGAACGCGUACGGCAGUUUAGGCGACCACGCGAAGAAGCGAGACAUGGUGGAGCGCGCGCUCGCGAUCAACGAGCGGGCGUACGGCCGCGACCACCCGAACGUAGCCAAGACGCUGACGAACCUCGGGAACGCGUACGGCGACUUGGGCGACCACGCGAAGUCACGAGACGUCCUGGAGCGCGCGCUCGCGAUCAACGAGCGGGCGUAUGGCCGCGACCACACGCAAGUGGCCCGCACGCUGACGUACCUCGGUAAUGCGUACGGUAGAUUAGGCGACCAGGCGAAGAAGCGAGACAUGCUGGAGCGCGCGCUCGCGAUCAACGAGCGGGCGCACGGCCGCGACCACCCGGAUGUGGCCUUACCACUCGCAAAUCUCGGU